AUGUCCAAUUUAUCUGGUGUCUCACCGUCUGUCGCUGACACGCGAAGAAAGCAGUCCAAACGCGACGAGGCCAUCCGGAAGAAAAUAGAAUCAGAGCUUGCCCGAAAACGUACUAUCUCUACAACGCAUCAUGCAGGUGGCCGCGGAAAACGUGCUGCAAAACCUGCUAUUGCGAAAGGCACGGUCGCUGCACUGAAGCCCAGCCCUGCACUCACCGUUCCCGAUAAUAUUACUGUUGCAGAGGCCAGUCAGCUAUGCGCAGCGAAACGGACAGAUUGUGUCCUUGUUGUAGACGAUGAAGAGGGACUGAGCGGUAUUUUUACCGCUAAGGAUCUGGCAUACAGAGUUACUGCUGAUGGUCUCGACCCUCAUACCACACCGGUCAGUCAGAUCAUGACCCGGAACCCAAUGGUCACCCGGGAUACCACCAGCGCGACCGAGGCUCUCCAGCUUAUGGUUCAACGUCAUUUCCGUCACCUGCCUGUUUGCAAUGAAGAAGGCAAUGUCGUUGGAUUGCUUGAUAUUACUAAGGUCUUCCAUGAAGCACUGAACAAGGUCGAGCGUUCCUCCUCUGCAUCCGAGAAACUCUACACUGCUCUUGCGGGCGUGCAAUCCGAACUUGGCCCAGGAAUGUCUUCAAACCCGCAGGCUGCUGCCAUGCUUGCUUAUGUCGACGCCCUCCGCGAGAAAACCGCAUUGCCAGAUCUCACGACUGUCAUGGACUCGCGGACGCAACCUGCAACUGUCACCCCAAAAACGACUGUCCGUGAGGUGGCCAAGCUGAUGAAGGAGCGUCGUGUCACUGCUGUUUGUGUCAUGGAAAAUACGCCAGGUGUCGGUGAUUCCUAUACCAAGAUCGCCGGUAUCUUCACAAGCAAGGACAUUGUCCUGCGCGUCAUCGCUGCGGGUCUGGAUGCGGGCAUAUGUAGUGUUAUCCGUGUAAUGACCCCUCAUCCUGACACGGCUCCUCCUACCAUGAGCGUACACGACGCGCUCAAGAAGAUGCAUAACGGUCACUAUUUGAACUUGCCUGUUGUCGAGAGCGACGGACGGUUAGUCGCCAUUGUUGAUGUUCUGAAGCUCACAUACGCCACCCUGGAGCAGAUGAAUGCCAUGAGCACGGAAAAUUCUGGUGAAUCUGUGGAAGCCGAAGGCGGACCAAUGUGGGGCCGUUUCUUCGACUCUAUUGGUGGCCACGAUGACACUGAGUCCGUCAUCUCUGGUUCGCAUGUCCCCACCGACGGCCCUUCUCUCUCUACGCAUAACAUCGCUCGCCUUCAGCAGUCCCCACACUCCGAAGUGCACCCGAAUGACUCUGCCUCCGUGGUCGACGAGGAGCACGAAUCUGUACUGGAGGGCUAUUCGCGAAAGCGCAAGGGUGCGAUUCCAGCCAUCACGGGCGCGACUUCCAGCGUGCCAAUAGACGAUGGAACGUACGUCUUCAAAUUCCGCACGCCAAGUGGGCGCACCCACCGGUUCCAGGCGCGACACGACAGUGUCGAGAUGCUGCGCGAGAUCGUGCAAGGCAAGCUUGCGACGGACCCGUUCUUCACCGAAUUUGCAGGCUCACCCACUGAGCGGCCCGACCCUGAAGAUUUCACAUUAUCGUACACGGAUGCUGACGAUGACACAGUGCUCAUCACGAGCGACACGGAUAUCGCGGAUGCAGUGAAGAUUGCGCGGUCGGCGGGCUCGGAUCGGGUUGUGCUAUUCAUUCAGGGCGGGAAGCACUGGAUCGGAGCUGGCGCAGAGAAGAGCGAGGCAAAGGCCGCGGAGGUGAAUGCAGCUGCGAAGGAGGAAGAGAGGGAAGUCGAGAAGGCAGAGGCUGUGACAAUCCCCGAACCUGUUGUAACUCCCCCUGCAAAGGCAUACACACCACCGCAGGAGGAGCUGGUGAUGGGCAUCCCGAAGGAUUUGUUACUCCCUGCCAGUAUUGGUGCACUUGCUGUCGUCAUCAUUGCGGUGUUCACCAUCUCAAGAUUGGCACAUGAUUGA